AUGGCUGUCGGAGGUCUUUCAAAGCAACCGCAUAAGGAGGAGUUAAUUCAUGCUCGAGAUGAGGCACCGACAUUUGAGAAGGUAAAUUGGACUAAGGAGCCGGGACUGCGAAAGCUUUAUUUCUAUGCAGUCAUACUCUGCGUCGCUUCUGCCACGACAGGUUACGACGGCUCAUUCUUCAAUGCUGUUCAAAACUUCGAAUCUUGGCUAGACUUCUUUGACAAUCCCAAUGGGUCAACCCUUGGCUUGCUCGGAGCGCUCUACCAAAUUGGCAGCUUGGCUUCCAUUCCACUGGUCCCUGUCCUAGCCGACAACUUCGGUCGCAAGAUGCCCAUUGCCAUUGGAUGCAUUAUCAUGAUUGCAGGAGGCUUCAUUCAGGGGUUUGCUCAAAGCAUGGGAGCAUUCAUGGGCGGCAGAGUUAUGCUUGGUUUCGGAAACAGUCUGGCCCAGAUUGCGUCUCCCAUGCUGCUCACGGAACUGUGCCAUCCCCAGCACCGUGGAAGACUGACUGCAGUCUACAACUGCUUAUGGAACGUUGGUGCUUUUAUUGUGGCAUGGCUUUCGUUUGGAACGAAUUUUCUCGGCAAUCAGUGGUCAUGGCGCAUUCCUGCCAUUCUACAAGCGUUACCAUCUUUUAUCCAGAUUGCCUUUAUUUACUGGAUCCCGGAGUCCCCUCGAUACUUGAUGGCAAAAGACAAGCAUGAGCAAGCACUUGCUAUCCUCGGAAAGUACCAUGCGAACGGGAACAUCAAUCACCCAACCGUUCAGUUUGAAUACCGUGAGAUCAGAGAAACAAUAAAGCUGGAAAUGGAAGCCAAGGAAAACAGCAGCUAUAUUGACUUCUUUAAGACCAAGGGCAACCGAUACCGCUUCAUCAUCUUGGUUUCCCUGGGUAUCUUUUCUCAAUGGUCUGGCAACGCCAUCAUUUCAAACUAUGCUAGCAUGUUAUACGAAGCAGCAGGUAUUCACGACUCCAAUGCCAGGCUCGGUCUUCAAGGAGGGCAGACGAUCAUGGCCCUUGUGGUAUCCGUCUCUACCGCUUUGACUGUCGAUCGCUUCGGACGUCGGCCUCUCUUCCUGACAGCCACCGGUGGCAUGUUCACCGUCUUCGUAUUCUGGACGCUCUGCGGAGGCCUGUACGGCGAAUAUGAAUCUCCAGGUUCCAACUACGCCAUGCUGUUCUUUGUGUGGCUAUUUCAAUUCAUGUAUUCGAUCGCUUGGUCUGGUCUUUUGGUUGCCUACGCCAUCGAAAUUCUCCCAUACAAGCUACGAGCAAAGGGUCUCAUGAUCCUCAAUAUUUCCAUCCAGGCAGCCCUUACCCUAAACAAUUACGCCAACCCCGUCGCAUUUGCUGCCUUUGGUGAGAAGGGGUACUGGAAACUUUACCUUAUCUACACCUGCUGGAUAUUCCUGGAACUUUGCUUCGUAUACUUUAUGUACGUUGAAACUAGAGGGCCGACACUGGAGGAGCUUGCAAAGGUUAUCGAUGGAACUGAUGCCCAGGUCGCCCGUUUGAAUCUGGGUCAGGUCGAAAAAGAGGCAGCACUAGCCGCCUCCCAAGACAUCACUGUAGAACCUAAGGUAUAG